AUUUUUUCUGGGAGUGAGGAACGAACGACAGAAGACUAUCCCUGGGUUCCCGAGGAUGAAAACAUAUAAGAAAAUCGACGAAAAAAGAAAACAAGGGUCCAAUCUUUAGAGAGGCGACGUAAUAAUCAACACCAUCAUAUCUACUUUAUUCGCCAACGAAAUCAGUCGAAAAGAUAAUCAUGUCUUAUAAAUAUAAAGAACGUGUGACGAGACUUUCUAAAGACAAUCUUUACAUGGCAUUGGCUCUUUGGAUGGAGGAAUUUCCAUAUUUUCAAGAAGAAGAUGAUGGCUGCAAAGGUGUAGGAGUUGUGUUUGUUCUACCAAACGAUCGAGUUUUAAGCGUCGACUGCAGUCGUGAUGGCGUCCAUGGAAUUGCUCGAGUGAUCGUCAAACACUGCGCAGAUAGAGUUGAAGGCUGCAAAGUUUUCGUCUCUCGAAAACCGUGUUCUAUCUGUGCCAAACUUCUUGUACAAGCGAGAGUUUUAAGAGUCUUCUACUUACCAAUUAUGCCAGAAAAAGAGGAGGACCUGGCAAAUGUCGAUCGUCUCUUCAAUGCCAGCCCUGUUGCACAGUCUAUGUUUGUUCCCCAUGUUGGUGAGAGUUUAUUAGAUAAGAUAAUGGAAAGGGAGAGUCUGGAAGACGCCGAUUUUAUUAACUCCUGCCAAAAAGAAAUUUUCAAUAAAUGGUGGGAUAAAGACAGUGUCACUCUUGACCCUCUUGACGAAAACAUGAAACAACAAAUUGAAGGGGAUUUCGAUUUACUCAUGAAAUGGAUCGCUUCAAUCAAGACACCAGUUUAUAAAGCAGAAAUGAAAUUUUACAACGUCGACUUUAAAGGUGAUGAUUUGGGAGUAAUUCAUAAUGCAGAAGUGACCGAGUUUCCCGGCGGAGACGUAGCUAAGCACAUGAUGGUCUUUGCCAAGAUGCUUGCUCGCCAGACAGAUGACCCAAAAACAGGAGUUGGGGCAAUUCUUAUGGACAAAUUAAAGAAGGAAAUCGUGGGUUUGGGAUGGAAUGGAUUUCCAUCGAAAGCUUUGUAUGCAGAAUUCCCACGCGCCUCGGAUAAAGAUGCCUCGGAUAAAGAUACCUCGGAUAAAGAUACCUCGGAUAAAGAUACCUCGGAUACCAGUACAAGAGAAAAAAAGUACCCUUUUGUAAUCCACGCCGAACAAAAUGCUUUGAUGGUGAGAAAUGAAAAGGACUUGAAAGAUGGAAUCCUCUUUGUCACGAAAUGCCCUUGCAAUGAAUGUGCACCUUUGGUUAAACUAAGUGGUGUAGAAACGAUAGUCGUAGGGGAGCACCUUGAAGAUCGAAAAGAGGGCGACUCUGCACUGAAUUACGAUAAAGUGAGAAAGUACGUCAAGGAUGGAGAACUCCAAUGCAUCGAAAUGAGAAAAGGUGAUGCUAGUGAAUAAACAAGGAGUAAAGGUUUCUUUGGACACUGUACCACAUGCAAUGCAAAUAGUAGGGUUUCAGCUGCUUGAUUUCAGGAUUUGAAAUAAGGUUAGAAUACAGUAAAACCUGUCAGACCGAAAUUUUAGUUUCAAGCAUCCUUCACAUAAAAACCCUCAGCCUUACAUUUCAAAGUAUAGGUCCUUUAAUUUUUCUAAAUAUAAAAUUAGUCUGUUUAAUUUCCUUGUAAACAAUGAAAUAUAGCAUAUUCUAUACUUCAGUAGAGCAUUUAGUGAAAUAAGAAUAUAAGGAUAUUAAGUUUUGCUUUCAUGAAUUGAUUCAGUGAUAUCUGCUACAGUACUUACCCGCUUAUAAGAACUCAUUUAUGCAGAUUUAGCCUAAACGGGUUCUUAUGUAAAUAGUGCCUAGUGGAAUUGCAGGCUAAAUAGGUUUUUAGUAGGUUCUUAUUUAUCCCUUAUGUAAUGAAAAUUUACAAGGUUUUGAAAUAUUUUUUAUACCAAAUUUAGAAGUGUAUACAUGCACGUUCAAGUUCACUACAGUUUGAGAUGAAGAAUUCUUUGGGUAAUUAAUUUCUAUAAGAACCUAUCUAUAAGAGGCCUUUUUGAAAUAUAAUAGGUUCUUAUGUUUAAAUGGAGUCUAUUUUGAUAUUUUUAGGCUAACAGGUUCUUAAAUUGCAGGUUCUAAUAAGAGAGUAAUAAUUACUGUAUUAGAUACAAUUAGUCCAGAAAAUAAAACUAUUAUUUGCUAUUUCUUUAAUUAUGUUUCACGGUACAGGUGCGUUGACUCUUUGCUGAGAAUAGUUACUACAUAACACGUACCUUCCAUGCUUAGGCCUGGGCUGCACCACUGAAUAAAUGUUGUCCAUUUAAUCUGAUUAAAAAUUUAGGUUUAGAUACAGCGUGUUUUUAAUUUCAACAAACGCAUAUGAUCAUAUGAGUAGAUUGAACUUCAUAAGCUUCUCCGACUAUGAAAAGAAAUAGUCUUUUCGUCAAACGGUUUUAUAGAAAUUAUAUGAGCUGAUUAGCGCUUUUGUGACACUAAGCAUCUUUGAACGCUAAAAAAAUCUAGAGUACCACAUCUAUUUUGUGCUAAUCAAAGUUGUAAAUUGUUUAAUUAGUAUCAAAAAUUGUAAAUGAUUUUCUUUUUGAAACA